UCAAAGGAUGGCUUUCUCUCUGUGGAAUAUUUUUGAAACAUCCUUGCUGUGCUUGAAUGCAAUCACCAUCAUCAAUGAAGAAAAGAAAUUUCGUAAAUUUGAUUCAGAUUCAAAGAAUAGAACAAAUCUUUUAUUGGAAGAGGAUGAAGCCAAAAUGCAAGUUUUCAACUUGAUACAUUCCAUAGCAGCGAUAUCGAAAUUUCCAGUAAUAUUUUUAAACAUCAUAACAAUCCUGCUGAAGCUCAUACUGGGAUCGUAGAUUAGCAAGGAGUCUUGAAAUUGUUUUUGUGUUAAAAUGCACACUUUGUAAAUUAUGGAUAUAAUAAAAAUUACUGUGAUCAU